UUCAAGUUUCGUCAUCGUGUGACGCUACACAAGAUGCAUGGGGAGGCUGGAUCGGUUGACACGGCGGACCUCGGCCAGCAAUGUGUAGAGUUAAUGGAGCUACUCGACAAAUACAACCCCCAAGAUAUUUUCAAUAUGGACGAGACAGCUGUGUUUUACCGGGUA